GACGUAUGACGUUUAAUUGACAAAUGCCAGCUGUCAAAACAUGACACGCUAGUUUUAGGUUAAGUCCAAACUCGAGUGUUUUUCACCGAUGACUUGACGAAAAUGGCCCUUCUCGUUAGAAACAUUCCUCGCCUUCGCGUCAACCCCCAAAGGACGUUGUGUUGCCUUCCCCAAAACCAAUCCAGUAGGUCUCCUUUAUUUUUGUUCCGUCCACCAACAACCCCUCACACUGUGUUCGGCUCUCUAUCAACACGAUUCUAUAGUACGCAAAAUCCACCACCAAACAACACCCCAGUCACCCUCCAACAAAAACUAAAAAAAGCAGUGGCGGAAUAUGGCUCCACGGUGAUUGUUUUUCACGUGGGGAUUUCGCUGCUUUCGUUGGGUGUCUGUUAUUUAUUAGUAUCAAGUGGUUUGGACGCCCAAAAGGUGAUGAGUAUGGUGGGUAUUGAGGCUACGAAAGUGGCGGCGAGCGCUGGGACUUUCGCCGUGGCCUACGCCGUCCACAAAGUGUUCGCUCCAGCAAGAAUAAUGGUCACGUUAACGGCGACCCCCUUCAUCGUGCGCUAUUUACGUCAAGUCGGUUUUCUGAAGAAACCACCUCAAACUAAAUAAAAGAUUGUAUUUAAAGAGUUUAUUAUUAAAUAAGUGACAUUUUUUUAUAAAAGUUAA